CCUAAACCUUUAAGCUAACAGAACAGCAGCAACCACCAUUUUUCCAUUUCCGUCUCUCUCUUCUGUGUCUCUCAAUAUGCAAACCCUAAACCCUCAUUCUUUGGUGUGCUGGUGGAAUUGAAACAGCAAUCAAACUCAUACAAUCAUCAUCACUUCCAUCAAUUAAACAGAAAAACAGCUUGGGGUUCUACUCUGUUUCCUCUGUUUUUUCAGAGUACUUUUUGACAGUCAAUCACCAUUUAAUGUGAAAUACCUUCAGUUCAUUCAUCUUUGUUACAGUACUUUGUCUUCUCAUCACCAAACUUGGGUUUUUAUCCAAUCCACCAUUAAAAUACAACUCUGGGUUCUUCUCUGAUUCCGUUUUGAGGAGUCUAUUUCAUUACCAUUAAAGGAGUAGUACUACUCUUAAGUUAAAGAAAGUUGAAACCCCAAACUCCAUUUUUUUGAUUUCUUCACUUCAUCCAUCACAUGCAAGUUUUUAAAACUUAGUGUAACAUUUAAGCAUUAUUACAGCUCCAUUUCACAUGUUCUUGUCUCAUUUUGAGUAGACUUUACUUUCUCCCAUCUCCAUCAAACUUCAAUCUCAUAUACACACACUCAGAGAGUUUCAGAAGGAGAAGAAGAAGAUCAGAACCCAUUUCUCUAAUGGAGAAAACAAAAGAGUUCUUCUUCACCACAAUCAUCAAAAAAUCUUCAUCAUCCCUCUUCUUCUUCUUCUGCUUGUUGUUGUUCUUGAGUUUUCAUCAUCAAGUGUAUUCACUUUCUGAAGAUGGACAAGCACUUUUAUCUCUUCUUACAGAUGCUGAUUCAUCUUCAACCAUUCUAUCUUCAUGGAAUCCAUCACAUCCAACUCCAUGUUCAUGGCAAGGUAUAACCUGUUCACCACAAAAUAGAGUUAUUUCACUUUCAUUGCCAGAUACAUUUUUGAAUCUUUCUUCAAUCCCACCUCAGCUUUCUUCACUUUCUUCUCUACAACUUCUCAAUCUUUCUGCAACCAACAUUUCUGGUUCUAUCCCUCAAUCUUUUGGUUCAUUUGCGAAUCUUCGGCUUCUCGAUUUAUCGUCGAAUUCGCUUUCGGGUCCUGUUCCAUCAGAGCUUGGGUUACUCUCAUCACUGCUAUUCUUGUUCUUGUACUCAAACCGGCUUUCAGGUCGUAUACCACCACAUCUUGCAAACCUCACAUCAUUGCAAAGUCUUUGUCUUCAAGAUAAUUCAUUCAAUGGAACAAUUCCUUCACAGUUAGGUUCAUUGCAGUCUCUGCAAGAGUUUAGAAUUGGUGGGAACCCUUAUUUAGUUGGUGAAAUUCCAUCUCAGUUGGGAUUACUUACUAAUCUCACGAUUUUUGGUGCUGCGGCGACGGGACUUUCCGGUGAGAUACCAGCUACAUUUGGUGAUUUGGUUAAUCUCCAGACAUUGGCACUUUAUGAUACUGAGAUUUCUGGUUCAAUACCACCUGAAUUGGGCUUGUGUUCAGAGCUUAGGAAUUUGUAUUUGCAUAUGAACAAGAUUUCUGGUUCUAUUCCAGCUGAAUUGGGGAAGUUGCAACAGCUUACUAGUUUGCUUAUAUGGGGGAAUUUGAUCACUGGAGAAAUUCCGCCUGAGAUAUCGAAUUGUUCGGCAUUAGUAGUUUUUGAUGCUUCUGCUAAUGAAAUCACUGGUGAAAUCCCUGGUGAUUUGGGGAAGCUAGUUGUUCUUGAACAGCUUCAUUUAUCGGAUAAUUCGUUGACAGGUACUAUUCCAUGGGAGUUAAGUAAUUGUACUAGUUUAACUGCGCUGCAGCUCGACAAGAAUCAGUUUUCUGGACCAAUACCAUGGCAGAUAGGAAAUUUGAAGUUCUUGCAGAGUUUCUUCUUGUGGGGUAAUUCGGUUUCGGGAACUAUACCGGCUUCUUUCGGAAAUUGCACUGAACUUUAUGCUCUUGAUCUUUCGAAGAACAAGCUAACAGGUUCAAUACCUGAAGAAAUUUUCAGUUUGACAAAGUUGAGCAAGCUUUUGCUCCUCGGGAAUUCGUUAUCGGGUGGAUUGCCUAAAAGCAUCUCAAAUUGCCAGUCAUUGGUGAGAUUACGCCUCGGUGAGAAUCAACUUUCAGGUCAGAUUCCUAAAGAGAUAGGUAAAUUGCAAAAUUUAGUCUUUCUCGAUUUAUACACGAAUCAUUUCAGUGAUAGUCUGCCAGCUGAAAUUGCUAAUAUUUCAGUUCUUGAGCUAUUAGAUGUUCAUAAUAAUCACAUAACCGGAGAGAUUCCGUCGCGGUUAGGAGAACUUGUUAAUUUAGAGCAGCUUGAUCUUAGCAGAAAUGGCUUCACAGGUGAGAUUCCUUCGAGUUUUGGAAAUUUCAGUUACUUGAACAAGUUGAUCCUCAACAAUAAUCUGCUUACUGGUUCGAUUCCGACAUCAAUAAGAAACUUGCAAAAGUUAACUUUACUUGAUUUGAGCUUCAAUAGUUUGUCUGGUGAAAUUCCGCCUGAAGUUGGUUACAUUACUACCUUGACCAUAAGUCUGGAUUUGAGCUCUAAUGGGUUUACUGGUGAUAUGCCUGAAGCAUUUUCGGGUUUAACAAAUUUGCAGUCUCUUGAUCUUUCUCGGAAUCAUCUCCAUGGAGGAAUUGAAGUUCUUAGUCUCCUUACUAGUCUUACUUCAUUGAAUAUUUCAUAUAACAACUUCUCAGGUCCCAUUCCAGUGACGCCAUUUUUCAGGACAUUAUCUUCGAAUUCAUACCUCGAGAAUUCUAAGCUUUGUCAAUCUGUCGAUGGGACUUCUUGUUCUUCAGGUUUAAAUCGCAAAGGAAAAUCAUCAAAAACCGUGGCUUUAAUCUGCGUGACUCUUGCUUCAUUUGCAUUGGCUGUUCUUGCAUCUUGGAUUCUUAUAAAUCGGAAUAGAAGAUACAUGGCCGAGAAAGCUUCACUUGCAGCAGCUUCGUCAUCAGGAGCUGAAGAUUUUUCAUAUCCAUGGACUUUUAUUCCAUUUCAAAAGCUCAACUUCUCUAUUGAGAACAUACUGGAUUGCUUGAAAGACGAGAAUGUGCUGGGUAAAGGUUGUUCGGGAGUAGUUUACAAGGCUGAAAUGCCUAACGGGGACAUAAUUGCGGUGAAGAAACUUUGGAAAACAAAGGAUAAAGAUGAACACAAUGAUGCAUUUGCCUCUGAAAUUCAAAUUCUUGGACACAUUCGGCAUCGGAAUAUUGUUAAGCUACUUGGUUACUGUUCGAAUAAGUAUGUUAAGCUUUUGCUUUAUAACUUCGUCUCAAAUGGGAAUUUGCAACAGUUGUUGGAAGCAAACAGGAAUUUAGAUUGGGAAACUCGGUAUAAAAUUGCUGUAGGAUCAGCGCAGGGACUUGCUUAUCUUCAUCAUGAUUGUGUACCCGCAAUUCUUCACCGAGAUGUUAAAUGCAAUAACAUACUCCUGGACUCAAAAUGUGAAGCUUAUCUAGCUGAUUUUGGGCUUGCCAAGUUAAUGAACUCUCCAAAUUAUCACCAUGCAAUGUCUAGAGUUGCAGGCUCUUACGGCUAUAUAGCUCCAGAGUAUGGAUAUACAAUGAACAUAACUGAAAAGAGCGACGUCUACAGCUAUGGAGUAGUCUUGCUUGAGAUUCUUAGUGGCCGAAGCGCUGUAGAACCCCAAAUUGGUGACGGUUUGCACAUAGUUGAAUGGGUGAAGAAGAAAAUGGGAAGUUUUGAGCCUGCGAUAACCGUAUUAGAUGCAAAACUUCGAGGAUUACCCGAUCAAAUGGUGCAAGAGAUGCUUCAAACUCUAGGAAUUGCAAUGUUCUGCGUGAAUUCAUCGCCAACAGAACGGCCUACCAUGAAAGAAGUGGUAGCGUUACUGAGCGAAGUUAAAAGCACACCUGAAGAAUGGGGGAAAACAUCUCAACCUCUAAUAAAACAGUCCUCAAAUCAGAGCUGAUAUUCAUUUCUUUCUCUCUAGUCAUAAAGAAAUUCCUCUCAUUGAUUGAUAUAGGGAGGGGAAAUUGGGCAGUGGAAAAUCUUGUUAGGGGGUAGUGUCCUAUUGAUUUGGCAUAUGGGUCUUCCUUUGUACAGUUCAGAAACAACUAGAUCAUGGUUAAUUUUGCUUCAUGUUUUUUCAUUUUCUUUCUUUUCUAUUCUUUUAAGAGUGGAUUUGUGGGCACACUGUGAAAGGGUCCCAAUAUUCCUCU